GCGGUGAUCAACAGCACCAUAACGGCGAACAUGACGUUCACGAAGACCUCCCAGAAGUUCGGGCAGUGGAGCGACGUCAGAGCCAACACGGUCUACGGGCUCGGGUUCGCGUCCGAGGCUGAGCUUGGGAAGUUCAUCGAGAAGUUCCAAGAGGUGAAAGAGGCUAUCCAAGCGCAGCAAUGCUCCGGCGCCGCCAAGAGCGUCACGAACGGCAACAGCGGCGCCGCCACGCCGGUCGCCAGCGCCACCGCCAGCCCGCUGCUCGCCGCGCGCGCCCAGCCCGACGAGCCGCCCGCCGUCUCGCCCGCACAGGUCAAAACAGAUAACGACGAGAUGAUGGUACACCAAAGAGCGCAUUCGGUUUCAUCGACGUUGCAGGGCGGCUACGCGACCGUAGGCCGGGCGCCGCGCGGGCCGCUGGCGUCUGUCGCGGCGCCUAUCGAAGCUCCGCCCGAGGGGCCCGACCACCAAUUACGCUACGAAAACGACCGCUUGAAGCUUGCGCUGGCACAGAGCUCAGCCAACGCCAAGAAGUGGGAGGUGGAAUUGGCAACCCUGAAGAGCAACAACCUGCGACUGACAGCCGCCUUGCAAGAGAGCACCGCCAACGUUGAUGAAUGGAAGAGGCAGCUCCAUCAAUACAGGGAGGAGGUCGCUCGCGCCAGGCACUAUGCUGGAAAAGGCGCGGAGGCCAACGAAGUCGAGCAACUUAGGCAGCGCGUGGCGCAACUGGAAGCCGAACUCGCUCAGAAGAAUGAGGAGCUCGCGCAGAUCACCAAGUCGCGCAAGAGCGAGCAGGAUGCAGAGGCUAAAUUAGCCCAAAGCCAGCUGGAGUUAGCGCUUGCAGCCCAAGACGGACAGAGGCAGGUCAUACAGGCGCUCAACGACCAGCUGGCCAGGCAACUAGAGGAGCUGACAACCAUCCACCGCGAGAUAAACACUGCGUUGCAAACAUGAGACGCGGCCAUCCACCCGCCGCCGCCGAUCUACGCGUCCGUACAAAAGGAGCGGCGGCCGCUGCCUCUGCUGCUGCAACAACAACCACCAACAACACAACAACAACAAGCAACAACACAACAACAAAGGCAGCGACAGCCGCCGCGGCAGGCGAGGAAGGACGGCGAGGAGCCGACCUACGUGACGGUCAAGACGAAGAAAUGAUGAGUGCUCUCGGUAUUUCGCAAGGUGCAUGAGUUUUUUUAAGUUUUUUUCGGUUGUAUUGAGAUGGUGGUUUCAUUUAGUCACGUGAUUCGUUGGAAAACUGUAGGGUUUCUUUUUGACAGAUAACGGAUACUAAUGCCCGUAUUCGCAAACGAUGCUUGCUUAAGUGAAGCAGCAAAUCAAACGCAGUGUCACCCUGUGCGUCCACGCGCACUGUGAGACCUCAAAGUAAUACGGGCUUUAAUAAUAAUGAGUAGUUAUUCAUUAUCAAAACAAAUGUCAAUGUCGAAUGUCAAAACAAAGGUUUGCGAAUUUUGACGGAUACGUAAGUACAUACCGAUGUUGUAAGUUUCACUUUUUUAAAAGUGUGUAAACGGCAAUAUAAUUUGGUACUGGUUUGCUAACACAGAUGGCGUUGUUACGAAUCCAAAUCGCGGUAGUGCUUUGUUUUUGCCACUUGUAACUAUUGUAAAUGAAAUAUUCAAAUGCCGUUUUGUUUUUGGCUUAGUUUUCUCCAUGAUUUGCAUUCUACGAAAACGGUCAACCAAUUAAAUUUGACUAUAUCGCGAUUCGGAAUAACGAUACAGCGCCAUCUCUUGUUUGAUAGUUAAACUGUGUGCUAAAUGGCAUGCUGUUAUAAGAAAGACCCGACGGCUUUUGAAAUGCUAAAUAUUUGUAUUUUAAAUGAAACCAUCAAGACUCUUGUAUAAAAAACACGCCACCGGCUUCCCAAUUUGUAUAAUUUUCCACCACUGUAUAAUAUAAGUACACGAGAAUUAUAUUUAAAACGCGGUGCAACUGUUGAUUUGUGCGGUUUUUGUGCAAUCACUUGAUCUCUAAUACGUCAGUAAAUAUGUUUUUUGAGAUGUUUAUAAAUAGCGUUAAAGUUUAUAAUGAUCCAGACUAUUGAAAGUUCCUCUAAACGAUUUGUAUGCUUUCUUAAACGAUUCUCAAAAAUGGGUCGCUGAAAAUGUUUAGUCUCAAUUCAAGUUAAUGAAAUCUGUGUGUUUUACCAUGAGUUUACAUAGAAGUGUUCGUUAGUCACUGCAUAAAAAAUGUCAUGAAAUGUAUGACAGAUUGUACAGCGCCCCUAGCGGUUACUUUCAAUAACUUUCUUCAUAGAUUUUUUGACAUAAGCAAGCGAUGACGUAUAAUGUAAACUCGUGAACUUGAAAUUGCUAUUUGACAGUGAAUUGUAGAUCCAGGUGUGAACUCAUGUUGGCUUACGAGCGAAAGAGAGAGCUUUGCCUCAUACUUGCGUCUCUUUCUCUUGUAUCAAUUUAAGUUCUGGGUAUUGUGAAUAUCUGAUCCGAUUAUGGCAUUAUCCUUUGUUAAAUACUUGAUGUAAAAUACGGCAUAUCGAGUAUAAUCUUACUGAAUACGAAAUAAGAGUGAUUUUUGCAGUCCUGCUGUAUUUGUUUUUGAAUACUCUUGUCUCUUUCUUCCUCGAUCGUUUUUUAUACAAAGGAUAAUGACGUAAUAAUUAAUUACCUUAUCAUGCUGCAUUCAUUUGACAAGCACCAUCUCAGACAGAGAUAGAUUACUUCCACAAAGUUUCGUACUUGUCAUCCUAACAUUGUCAUAAGACGUUCAUAUUUCGAAUAGUAUUUUGUCCUUAUUACUCGCUUCGCAGUAGUAAAGGACGAGAAUACUUCAGCCAAUAAUUGGCGCCAUUUUCGGCCCAACGGCAAACAAUGACGUGUACAUUAAGGGUGGUUGCAAUAUUAAGUUUAGGCGUGGCAGAAAAUCAACCUUACGUCAGUGUACAUACGUUACAUAUUCGUGUAACCACGAACACAUGCCAAAAAAUUAAUAUUUUCUAUUGAUUAAUGUAUAUUUUAAUGUAGUCUUCGAUAACGUGUAAGUGACAUAAUAUUUGCACGGUGAAAUACCGAAUUUAAAUUAAAAUUAAAUUAAAUAUUUAGAUCUUCGCCUGAGUAUUCAAUGGACGGGCAGUGCCAUGUCUCUGUAUAUUAUACUACUUACGUUAACCACUAAAAUUAAAUUAAAAAACGGGCCAAUCGUAGCUCGAUUUAGGCGCAGUCGCAUCGAAGUUAGAACAAUGAAUAAGAUGCUUCGAUCAAAUUGUUUUUUCGGUAAUGAAGCGUAAUUUGUAGGCGUAAGUUUACGUUUGUCACUUCUGACCUGUUUCUUGGGAUUCCUUAGUGAUGUUCGACCGCUUUAUUUAGACCCGAGAUUUAAUUAAUCGAUACCUAUUAAGGUAGCUUACAAUGUAACUUUCGAUAAAUAAUAGAUCAGUGGCCUAAUUCACGUAUUUUGACAGUCAAAAUCUCGCUGACGUUCAAAAGUCGUCCCAUUGAAAAACAGUUCUAAAUCCGUAUUCAUAAGGGUCAUUUCGAUAGAAUGAUUACUCGAUAGGAUCGCAUUCAGCGAUGUUUUGUUACGUGAAUAAAGCUACAGAUAUAAAGUUUCUUAGAAUCUAAUUCAACGUUGUUAAACUUUGUAAAAGCUGACUCAUAUUAUUUUGCUUGUUUGCUAUGUUUGAUAUUUGAUUUGAAAU